AUGCCGAUACUGAGCGCACCGGCCGGGCCGGCGUCGGUCUACUGGGGGUGCCUGGCGUCGAGGCUAGGGGAUGGGGACACCGGGGUCGGGUGCCACCGCCCUUGGGAGCUGGGGAGCGAGGUCGGACAGGCCAAGCGCGAGAGGCCUGGAGAGGGAGAGCCGCAUAGAAGUGCAGCUGGACUACCUGACUACCAGCCUUACCCGACAGUGCUGCUGAUGGUCCCUGGGAAUCCCACCGCCCAUUGGGUUGUACCUAUUGCUGAUCGCCACAGCACAGCACAGCACACUCGGCGACAGACCACCGACGACGAGCCCACCAGAGCGCGAUCUGCGGCGCGCACAGGAGCUCCGACGGCAGCAGACAUGUCGACGACAGCGGGUGCCUUCUUAGCCGGCGGCAUCGCCGCCUGCGGUGCGGUCACGGCCACCCACCCCUUCGAGACGGUCAAGAUACGAAUGCAGCUCCAGGGCGAGCUCCAGUCGAAAGGCCACCAGCCGCACCACUACCGCGGGCCCUUCCAGGCCGUCAGCAUGAUCGUGCGCAACGAGGGCCUGCGCGGCAUCUACCGCGGCAUCGGCUGCGCCUACAUCUACCAGGUGCUGCUCAACGGCUGCCGGCUGGGCUUCUACGAGCCCAUGCGCCAGACGCUGGCCUCGGUGCUGCUCAAGGACGGCGCCAAGCAGAACCUGGGCAUCAACAUGUUCUGCGGCGCCUCGUCGGGCAUCAUCGGCGCCGCCGCCGGCUCGCCCUUCUUCCUCGUCAAGACCCGCCUGCAGAGCUACAGCAAGUUCGUCGCCGUCGGCACCCAGCACGAGUACCGCAACGCCCUCGACGGCCUGCGCCAGAUCUACGGCGCCGAGGGCUUCCGCGGCCUCUACCGCGGCAUGUCGGCCGCCAUGAUCCGCACCGGCUUCGGCAGCAGCGUCCAGCUGCCCACCUACUUCUUCGCCAAGCGCCGCCUCCAGAAGCACCUCGGCAUGCAGGAGGGCGCGCCGCUGCACCUGACCAGCAGUGCCAUCAGCGGCUUCGUGGUCUGCUGCUUCAUGCACCCGCCUGACACCGUCAUGUCCCGUCUCUACAACCAGAACGGCAACCUGUACAACGGUCUCUUCGACUGCCUAGCCAAGACCAUCAGGACCGAGGGCUUCUUCGCCAUCUACAAGGGCUUCGUGCCGCAUCUGGCCAGGAUAUUACCGCACACCAUCCUCACGCUGAGUCUGGCGGAGCAGACCAACAAGCUGGUGCGCAAGCUCGAGAGCAAGAUCCUGCCGGCCACCGCUGUGGACAAGGCAUGA